AUGGCACCUGAAGAUCAUAGUCACAUCCUUCCACUCGAGUCAUUCGGCCUCAGCGCCGUUCCCCUGACCACUCACAAUAUAGUCUGGUCACCUGACGCCGAGCUGGCCAUUGGGGCCGAUGAUUGCAUCUAUCUUUAUCUUCCCGAGUUUCCCUCCAGUGGGACGACAGCAUAUGGCAGCUUCCGUGCCGACUUUGAGACGCAACGGCAGUACCACGAGAUCACGUUGCGCUUCCCUACCAUUGAACUACGGCCGCCGGAACUGAACCAACCUCUCUUCGACGCGGUCGGUCAGGAUUUCCCGGAUUUUCCUCCUGCUCAUGGUGCGGGUGUCACCGUUGUGGCGAAUAUUGGAAGCUCUUUGAACCAUGUUGUUGCCCUGGAGUGGUCACCAAACGGACUGGGUCGCAUGCAGAGGUCCGUCCUUGGAGUCCUCACUGGCAGCGGUGCCCUAAAUAUCUACUGCGAAGGUAUCACCGACGGCAUUGAGACGACCAAGUUGAAGGGACGAAACGUCAGGGGGAUCAAGUCUUGGGUCGUUGCAUGGGGUGUUGGUGGCAAUUUGUUGUUACCAAGAGCAGAGGGGCAGCGGUCUCAAUUUUCGAGGGAGUAUAUCACGUCCUUUGCCUGGUCUAGAGAGAUCGACGGGCACGGAGCUCUACUCGCUUACGUGAAUGACGAGGGCGAGAUCACAAUUGUUGCUGUUCAAUCAGAGCACAGCGCUGUCGGGAGGGAAGGCGAUCCAGGCAAAUGGCGGGUGGAAGAAGUUGGGAGAUUCAUGGGAGAUGGGCCCCAUGGCAAAGGACAUCCAUCGGAUCCCGACUACACGCCAUGUGGUUCUUCAUUCUCCUUACGUUGGAGCCCAUGGCUUCAUAAGGGGUUCAACCGGAUAUGUAUGCUCUCCUACGUAACCAAGAACUACGUCGGGUUCCGACAGAUUACUAUUGCGGGCAAGUGGAAGCAUAUGGAGACUCCCAGGGUUGAGGUUCAGACAGAUUCUAAUGGAAUAUGUCUGUUCCUCGCUCCGGAUGCCUUUGUUACCUUCGAAGACCUGGUAUGGACCAUUGGGGGGUCCAAGAUGUGCCGAGGGAUAAUCGCAACUCCCGCGAAGGUGCAAUCAUUCCAGGUCGCCCUUGACAAAGCUCCGGACAAGGACACGAUCCGACAUGAAACCGAUGAAUGUGACACCACAUAUCCUCCCCAAGAUGAAAUCGACGGGGCAUCCAACCCUAUUACCGGCCUGAUCAUCCACCCGCCAAAUCUGGCACAAUCGACGCUAAGCCCCUACUUUUCUCUCACACGUCUUUCCGCUACACCCAACAACACCAAUUGGUAUCAAACCAACCUUCCCGUUCCAUCUAAUAUUAAGACACCCAAUCCGAAACCCCGAUGGGCAACCGAAAUCUCAAGACUUACGGAAACCAAACUCCCUAUCCCCUUGGCCCACCGUUCCGCGAAGCCAGAUGGCACUGGUUCUGACGACGGAGCCGACGACAUGGACGACGCCGCGGACGGAAUUGGCGACGGCGGAAUAUUUGUGGACUCGGACGACGAUUUCGAUUACGACUCUGGCGAGGAAUAUGAUAAGAGCGCGUUCCUGGAACAGAUGAAUAAUGCAAAUAACUACGACGACGUCGAGAAGAUCCACACGACUCGUGUUCGAGUCUGGGGCAUGACAGCCAGUCCAGGAGGAGGCGUAACGGCGGUUUUCAUCACGAUUUCAAGCGCCAUCAAACCCGAACGCACCACUUUCGGGGGCUUGCGGUGUCGCGUGCUGUUUGGGCAGAACUUAGCACCCAUCGACGCGAAUCUGGCUGCCGUGAAGAAGCUCAGUACCGAGGCUAGGUUGUGGGAAUGGAUGUAUGGCGGCGGGGCUCCCGUGCCAGGUGCUAGUAGCCCUGAGGCGGGCAGUCAUGCAGGUGGGCAGGUGGUGAGGGGGAAGUUUGAGGAUAUUGCCUCGACGAAGGUGUGCGUCUUUUGCAGGAGUGCGCUGAAGGCGCAGGGGAACUCGUCACGAUGUCCUAAGGGCCAUGUUUUUCAAAACUGCGCAGCUACGGGGAUUCCGAUCACAGAACCUGGUACUUCCACUACCUGUGGUGUGUGCGGACGUAAAUGUCUGAAGCCUGAGUAUUUGCAGAGUGUGGCGAGUGACUUGAUUUCUUUUAUAAAGAAGGAGAUCUCGAGCGAGUUGUGUGGUGGGUGUGGAGGCAAGUUCUUCAACUGA